AUGUAUAUGAAUCAGCUUACAACAAGGGAGCUCUUUUCAACUAAUCCAAGUGAAAGACAUGAAUAUCCUGACGAUAAUGAAAGUUUUUCUCAACUACAAAGCUCCCAAUACAAUGAUAUGAUGACCCAAAAUUCCCAGGAAGCAGUCAAUUCUCAACAGUUUUCCAGUGGAUCAGAAUCACAAGGUCGCAGAAGAUUUCUAGAUAAUUACAUGUCUGGGAAUGGAAACCAGCAGUCAAGAGGAAAUAUCCACCCAAAAACUUUGAAAAAUGAUCACCUCCGUUCCACUGUUCCAACAAAGUCUAAUUUCCAACAGCAGCUCCAGCUUAACAAAGCCAGAGCCAAAGAACGAGAUGAGAGAGACCUAUUGAAUGUGAUUUUAAAGACUGUAAAAGAAUGUUCAGAAGAAGUAAAGUAUGGUAUAGUUGACCUGCAAGAUAUUCUAGGCAGAACUGCUGACACCACAGAUGACAAACUGUCUGAUAUUAUGUCCUCAAUUUCUCAAAACAUACAAAAGAACUAUGAGAAAAUGAUUGCCGCUGUACAGGAACGAGAUCAGAAAAGGAAUCAACAAAACAUCUUGGAACAAGAAAUAAAACAGAAAGAAGAAAGAAUCCAAGAACUGGAACAGCAAUUAAAGGAUGCACAUGAAAGAGGAUUUAGGAGUGUUGUUCAGUCAGUGAAGGAAGUUGUAGACCAACAUCAGGCAGUGACAAAAGAGAAGCUUGAAAGGCUUUCAGCCAUCACUACUGAGUUACUGGAUCAUCAGAAGGAGGCGAUUUACCAGCAGAGAAACGGCCAGGAUCAGCAGCACCGACUGCUCCUAGAUGUUCAAGAUGCUGUAAGAGCACAAACAGGCACUAACGAUAAAUGCAUUUUAGAUGAGUUGAUGAUGCUACGUCAGGACUUAGAAAAUCAAAAGUAUGAACUAGAGAAUAUCUUUAAGGACAAGGUUUGCACAACACAGAGACAAACUGAGGACUUGAAGAAAUUUAUUCAAGCUGGUUUGGAGGAUAACGUACAGGAGUCUAUCAAUUAUUCUAAAAAACUAUAUGACAACCAUUGCCAGCAAAUGAAAGAGAAUAUCAACAUACAACAGGACAACUUAAAGGGCUUUAUUGAUCAGAAGUUUGAGGAAAAGUCUUCUGAAAAUGUUGCGUCGUUAAAUUCUGGGCAUGAUGAACCUUUAUGGAUUGGGAAAAGGAGAUUUUCUGACUAUCAUGAAUCUGUACCAAAAAAAUUUCAGGAUCAGUUGGAUAAGAUGCAUAUCAACCAUAUUAAAGAAAUUGAAAGAAUCAGAAAGGAAAUAAACCAAAGAAACGAAGAGUGUCAGAAUAAGAAAAAUUGUGAAAUGCCAAUCAGAAGAUCCAAUAUGUUGCACUCUCAAUUCUUAGAGUCUCAAGAAAAGGAGAAUAGUAAGCAAGACAAAGAUGUCAAUUCUGUAGAAUUUAAACAUCCAUUAAUAUCACCUGGUAAUAUUAGACUAUCAAAUUGGACAGCAAAGCAGCUGUUCAGUAAAUCAAACCCUUCUCCAGUUGCUACGGUUUAUCCACAGCAAAAAGAUCAGGAUUUAUCUCAUAAAGUGUUUGUUAAUGACAAACAAACUCUCUCAUCUGAUGAACAGAAGCAAGUAGCAAAGCCCAAACCAAGAGGAAGUGCUCAGCCACAAAGAAGGUCACAACGGCUAAUGGAAACCAGGGGAAAUUCUAUUGAAGAAACAGUACAGAAUCCUCCCAAUAACAACAAUGAACAUAAAAAAUCCCAGAGAAUUUCAUCAACGCAGAAUGAUUCCCAAGAAGAUGGAAGACAAGGGAAUGUUAGUUUCAGCAACAGCAUGUCCUACCAACAAAGAAGACAAAAUAAUCCACCAAGGAUACCUCUGCAGCAGGCAAGGCAGACACCACAGACAGAAGCAACACCAGAAAAUAGACAAGAUCCGAGACAUGACAUGAGACAGGAACCUCAGCAAGAAUGCAAUGAGGCUAUGUCUAACAAGCCUUUUGUUUGGCAAUGUAACCCUGGACAAAGCUACAACAGAAAAAACACUAGCAACCUUCUAAAGACAAACAAAUUCAACAGAUCUCCAAGACCAAAUGCUCCAGUGAGUAGAGCAUUAGAUCCACAGCCCUAUUCUCAUCCAACUGUAUCUCAAAAAGCUUCAGUGUAUGAUUUCAGUGAUAAAGUCUCAGUUGAAAGAUGUCAUCAGAAGCCACAUUCAACCUACUCAACUACUAGAUCAAGCAGCUAUAUCAGUUCACGAGAGUUAUAUGGACAAAGCAACAGUCAAAAUACGUCAAGCAGUAGAGAGUCCUCCCCGUCACUCUCUGUUACAAAAAUUGUUAUUCAGCGGAAAGUAAAACGAGACAGAAAUGGGAUAUUCAAUUCAGCUGCAAAGAACCAGAAUAACACUCAUCAUUAUAAGGAAUAUGAUGAUGACCUUCUCAGCAUUGUUGGAUCUAUCAAAGAGGGAGAAAAAUACAGCGACAAGCCAAUGAAAAGUCACCACCAAACGGGAAACAAACGUCCUAUAGCUGACUACAAUUUUGGUAAAACCUAUGCUCAAACUACAGAAUCUAUUCAUAAGAGACGCAAAAACAUUCUUUAG